AAGAAGAAGAGGAAGCAGGAAAUAGACGAAGAAGAAGGAGACGCGCUGCGCUGAAAUUUGGGAUAACAUGGCGGCGACCAUGAAGAACGUGGAGGAGAUACGGAGUCAUGUUAUCUUGGAGGAGUUCGGCGUGAGGAACGUUCAUACCACGGAUUUCCCUGGAAAUUACCCUGGUUAUGAUGACACGUGGAACAUGCAGGAGUUUCAGAAGAGUUUCCGGAUCGAUGUGGUGAAUCUGAAUGAGAACAGUAUGGAGUUUGACAUGGUGGGAAUCGAUGCCGCCAUUGCUAACGCCUUCAGGAGGAUCUUGCUAGCAGAGGUGCCGACCAUGGCGAUAGAGAAAGUUUUCAUCUACAACAACACGUCCAUCGUCCAGGAUGAAGUUCUGGCCCACAGAUUAGGCCUCAUCCCCAUCAAAGCUGAUCCUCGCCUGUUCGAGUACAAGAACGCGGGUGAGGAGUCUGCAGAGGAGGAAGCUUCAGAAAUCGACACGAUUCAGCUCCAGUUGAAGAUUAAAUGCAGCAGGAACCCCCGGGCCAGCAAAGACUCCUCAGACCCCAAAGAGCUGUAUCUGAACCACAUGGUUUAUUCCGGGGACAUAAAAUGGGUUCCGAUCGGGAAUCAGGCAGAUGUGUUUGCAGAUUCUGGUAUCGGCCCGGUCCACAGUGACAUCCUGAUCGCUCAGCUGAGGCCAGGACAGGAGCUGGACAUCAUCAUGCACUGUGUCAAAGGACUUGGUAAGGACCAUGCCAAGUUCUCCCCGGUGGCCACGGCCAGUUACCGCCUCCUCCCAGAAAUCAGCUUCCUGGAGCCGGUAGAGGGCGAGAAGGCGGUGCGUCUAAAGAGCUGCUUCUCUAAAGGAGUCAUAGACCUGGAAGAUGUUCAUGGAAAAAAAGUGGCCAAAGUGGUGAACAGUCGCCUGGACACGUGCAGCAGGGAAGUCCUCCGACACCCGGAUCUGAAGGACGUGGUGAAGCUUGGACGAGUGCGAGACCAUUUUAUCUUCUCUGUGGAGUCAACGGGCAUCCUGCCUCCGGAAGUCUUGGUGAAUGAGGCCAUCAAAGUCCUCAUGUCCAAGUGUCAGACGUUCCUUAAUGAGCUAAACUCUGUUGACAUGGAGUGAUCACCGAGGUCACAUGACCGAAACGACGCCCAUCCUUCAAAGAGCUGAUUUUCUGAUGAGUUUGUUUGGAUUUUCUCUUUCUAGUAUUUUAUAUGACUGGAAAUGUUUGGAUUUCUGAAGCAAAGACUUUCAACAUCAUGAAACCAGCCUCAGCUUGGGUCCACAGGUCUGUAGCCCAAUCCUGAAGGUGAAGAUCUCGGGUCACGAAGCACCCAAAACACCAAAUUUGUUUUGUACGUUUCUCAGAUUGAAAGUAAAACAUGAAGCAGAAGUAUCCACAGCUAACUUCCAGAGAUUCUGGCCAUAAUGACCAGAAUCUGGUUCAGGUCUAAAGAGUCCAAGUGCAGGAUCAGCUCAUAUAUUCGGUCAUUAGCUCUGUCCCUUCUGGGCUUACGUAGCAGCACCUGCAGCACGUUUGGAUUUGCUCAUUAAACAGGUUUGAUUUGUGGAAAUAAAACAUUUCUGCUGAAA